AUGGAAGACAACUAUAUUUCUUCAGGGAAUGAUUAUAGAAAUUUUUAAGGAUGAAAAGACUAUUUUGUCCUUUAUGUGGGGAGAUGAGAGGAAGGCUUUAAGGAUGUGGCUCCGCCCCUUAGCGGUAACGGGUUCCAGGCUGAACACCUGGUUCCUCCAGUCUUGGUGGAGGGAGGGUUUCUGAGCACUUUGGCUCGUGAGACUACAGUUCCCAAGAUGCUUUGCCGCUGUGUCCUCAUUUUGCUUCCGGUAGCAUUUCAUGGGAAUUGUAGUUUGUGCGAGGUUCCCGUGCAACUUACUUGUCCAGAUGUGUAAGAAGAAAAUUUUGAAUAAUUUGGAGUUGAGAAUGAAAUCGCAAGGUUCUAAUCAGGUCUUUCGCCUCACUGAAGGAACUGGAAUAUAAAAGGGUUGGGAGUUUUCUCAAGACACUACAGUCUUUUAGAGUGUUGGUAUUUGAACUCUCCCACUUCUAGGGCAUCCGUUUAGCGUCACUUCCGCUUAGCUGAAGAAGCUUGCAAAAAGCUUGGCGGGAGUUGAAGAUUACGAAGCUAGUGCUGCAGUUUUGGCGGUCUGUGUAGGGCAAGAGAUGGAAAAUUGAUUGCACUUUAAUUGCUCUAUAAGAAAAGAGUGGGUAGUGGAUUUGGCUGAUGCCUGUAACAGCCGGAAGCCGAAAGGUCGCCGCGAGUUCACAGCCUGGGCUACAGAGCUCACCAUGCUGACAGCAGGUAACAAGAAGAAGGCCUCCACACCUCAGAUUUCUGGUUUAACAAGCGAAUCACAUACACAGCUGGAUUUUUUACCAGACAAGCUCAGAACAAAACUUCUUCCGUUCCAAAAAGAUGGCAUCGUUUUUGCCCUCAGAAGAGAUGGCAGGUGUAUGGUAGCUGAUGAAAUGGGUCUAGGAAAGACAAUCCAGGCGAUUGCAAUUGCUUACUUCUACAAAGAGGAGUGGCCCCUGCUCAUCGUCGUCCCUUCAUCUCUAAGAUACCCUUGGGUAGAAGAACUAGAAAAAUGGAUUCCAGAGCUAGAGCCAGAGGAAAUCAACGUUGUCAUGAACAAAACUGACAUUGGGAGAAUCCCGAGCAGCAGAGUGACAGUUCUGGGCUAUGGUCUCUUAACCCAAGACGCAGGGACUUUGCUGGAUGCACUGAACAACCAGGACUUCAGGGUCGUGGUAGUGGAUGAAUCACACUACAUGAAGUCCAGAACUGCUGCCCGCAGCAGGAUUCUCCUGCCCAUGGUGCAGAAGGCCAGGAGAGCCAUUCUUCUUACAGGAACCCCAGCUCUGGGAAGGCCGGAGGAGCUUUUCAUGCAGAUUGAGGCUCUUUUCCCACAAAAAUUCGGAACUUGGAUCGAGUAUGCUAAGAGAUACUGCAAUGCACAUAUCAGAUACUUUGGUAAAAGGCGCCAGUGGGACUGUAGAGGGGCGUCGAACCUUAGUGAACUUCACCAGCUACUGAGUGACAUAAUGAUCAGAAGACUAAAGAGUGAAGUUCUAAGCCAGCUGCCCCCAAAAGUCAGGCAGCGCAUUCCCUUUGAUCUCCCACCAGCCGCUGUCAAGGAGCUGAAUGCCAGCUUUGAAGAAUGGCAGAAAUUAAUGAAAGCUCCAAAUUCAGGUGCCAUGGAGACCGUCAUGGGGUUGAUAACGCGCAUGUUUAAGCAGACUGCAAUUGCCAAGGCGGGUGCAGUGAAGGACUAUAUUAAGAUGUUGCUUCAGAACGACUCACUUAAGUUUCUGGUCUUUGCUCACCAUCUCAGUAUGCUCCAAGCUUGCACAGAAGCCGCCAUCGAAAGCAAGUCUCGUUACAUCAGGAUCGAUGGAAGUGUUCCAUCUUCAGAGAGAAUCCAUCUGGUUAAUCAGUUUCAGAAGGACCCCGAUACUCGUGUGGCUAUCCUGAGCAUUCAGGCUGCUGGCCAGGGUUUAACGUUUACUGCUGCAAGUCACGUUGUCUUUGCUGAGUUGUACUGGGACCCCGGACAUAUCAAGCAAGCGGAAGACCGUGCACACCGGAUCGGACAGUGCAGUUCUGUGAAUAUUCACUACCUUAUUGCAAACGGAACUCUGGACAGCCUGAUGUGGGCAAUGCUGAACCGAAAGGCUCAGGUCACGGGGAGCACACUGAAUGGCAGGAAGGAGAAACUCCAGGCUACAGAAGAUGACAAGGAGAAGUGGGGUUUUCUUCAGUUUGCUGAAGCAUGGACCCCAAGUGACAGUUUUGAAGAGCUCAAGGACUCUGUGUUUACUCACUUUGAAAAAGAAAAACAGCACGAUAUUCGAUCAUUCUUCUUGCCCAAACCGAAAAAAAGACAGUUGGAAACACCCUGUGGUGAAUCAGAGGCAUGCAAGGAGAAGAUUGCAGUGGCCUCGGACCCGGGGAAAAUGGCUAUAAGUGAUGGCACUGCUGACAAAGAUGGGUUUGAGCCUGAAGCUAAAAGGUUGAGGUCCCUGAGCACCAAGGACCACAGCAGUGCACUGGCGGACAGACCAUCCGUGCAAGCCAAAGCCACUUCCAUGGGCAGAGUCCGUGAGGCCAAGUCCCCAUUGGCCUCUCCAGCCCUUCCCGAGAAGGGGUGGCAGUGUGGCUUCUGCACAUUCCUCAAUGACCCAGGCCUUUCGUACUGUGAGAUGUGUGAGAACCCUCAGGGCAGAGCUGCUGGCCUCAACCAUAUUAUUCAGUAUAACAACAAAAAUGAUGAAGAUGCUUCUCAGAAAAACACCUCCGAAAAUGGUCAAGCUAGUUUGGGCUGUGUAGAACAACUCUCUGAACAGUCGGGAGCUGAGCAGUCGGCUAAUAACGAGGAAGAAACAUUGAAAGAGCAGUUGAAUAACUCAAGCACUCUGCCAGUACAUGAGACCUUCCUGUUUUGUGCGAGCAGAAACACCGACCGAAUCCACGUCUAUACCAAGGAUGGAAAGCCAAUGAACUGUAAUUUCAUUCCUUUGGAUAUAAAAUUAGACCUUUGGGAAGACUUACCAGCAACCUUUCAACUAAAACAGAAUCGCUCUCUGAUUCUGAGGUUCGUCCGCGAGUGGAGCAGUCUGACUGCCAUGAAGCAGAGGGUUAUCAGGAAGAGCGGGCAACUCUUCUGCAGCCCUCUGCUGGCUUUGGAAGAGCUCACAAAGCAGCUGGCCAAGGAAAACAGCACUAGAAGAUACAUCACCAAAGAAGAUGUUGCCACAGCUUCCAUGAAUAAGGUGAAAAAUGAUGGGGGCCACGUCCGGCUGAUCACCAAGGGAUCCAUGACCCAGGACACCUCUACAAAUUGUAGAAAGCUCGACGGAGCCUGUGUCCCAUCUCUGAAUCCCUGCCCAGCUGACCUCACUGCUGAGCCCUCCCCAUCCAAAGGCUACAUUCAGGCUGUGGAUAAGGAAGGAAGGCCACUCUGCCUCCGCUGCCAGCAUCCCACGUGCCAGCCCGAGCAAGGAGCCAAAGCCAGCGCCUGGGACUCACGGUUCUGCUCCCUGAAAUGUCAGGAGGACUUCUGGAUCCGGUCCAAUAACAGUUACCUGAGAGCCCAGGUGUUUGCAGCAGAACAUGGUGUGUGUCAGCUGUGUGGUGUGAAUGCACAGGAGCUCUUUCUGCGGAUGAGGGACGCCCCUAAAAGUCAGAGGAAGAAUCUCCUCGGUUCUACCUGGACUGCCAAACUCCCACUGGAGCAGCUAAAUGAGAUGCUGAGGAACCCAGGAGAAGGCCACUUUUGGCAGGUGGACCACAUCAGGCCAGUGUAUGAGGGAGGUGGACAGUGCUCCCUGGAGAACCUGCAGACUCUCUGCACGGUGUGCCACAAGGAGAGAACUGCCCAGCAAGCCAAGGAAAGGAGUCGGGUGAGGCGAUGCUCUCUGGCAACAAAGCAUGGGUCAGACAUCACUCGGUUCCUGGUGAAGAAGUAAGGCAAGACGUAACAGAAGCAAAAAGCCUACAGGUAGAAGGCGUUGUCACAAUUUAUCUUCAUGUUUGUUUGGUAUUUUAAGAAUGGGAAGUGUUUAAACAUAAGCCAUUAACUGAAAUUUAGAUUUUUGCUAAGCUGUCUUAAUGUUACAUACUUAACAGAAACCGAGGGAUGCUGGGAAGUUUCUGGGGUCUUACUGACUCACGAAGAUUGUCAAUUAUGUUUCAGCAAGAUUUUGUUCCACUUUUCCCCCUUAUGUACCUUAAUCAGUGCAUGGCUCAUAGACAGUGGGGACAGAUGGAUUCCCACAAGCCUGACAGCGCUUGGUUCUGGACUGUGUAUUAUACAUGGAACACCCAGAACAGGGACAGUUUGAGACAAGCCGUCGUUAUUAAGGAAUUAUUAAGGCUCGGGUGCAGGUUUAGGGCACUGCCUCCUCGCUUGAUUUCUGGGCCAGCUAUCUUUAUUGAAAAGAUGCUUCUGUAAAUGAACUGGCUGUAAGCAUGCAUGGUGUCUGCAGACCUGGUGCACUCUGGGAAACCAUGAGCAGAGGUGAGAGGUCACACUGCGGCACAGCCUCGCUUCCAGUUGUCUGCUCCCUUGUUCCCUUUCACAGUUUGAUUUUGUUUAAUGUGUAAAACCAGGCUAAUUGUCAGGGCAGCCUUCAUCUCCUCGUCCUCCUUUCCUGGUUUUAAAAUCCUGGUAGUAUCUUGAUUUGUUCUGUUCUUUAAAUAAACCUUGGUUUGUUUUAA